AGAGCUUUCAAUUCCAAAUUGCCCCGGCGGCUUGUGCUGCUCAGGUGUUGGUCGCCUCAUCGAGUGAAUGGACUUGCUGUUGCUUUAGCAAACCCUCGCCGACGUCUCCUUUUGGACUUUUGACAGCUCGGUGGUCAGUCGAUUGUCGUGACAAGCGAUCUGCGGCUCAGUGCCCCACGGGCGUAAGCGGCGCGCCAUGUUCGCCCCCUGCACGGGCCGGGGUCUCGGCCGCCUCCGGCUGGGUCAGCUCCAAGUGGGACCUGGUGCUGGGCGCUGGGCGCUGGGCGCUGUCCGGACUAGGCCGUCCGGCUCCGACGGGGGCGAGCGGCGGCCGGGAUCCGAGCCCCAGGUGCCUCCGCCGGGGUCCGCCCGUCGCGCCGCGAAGGAGUGGACGCUGCGGGUGAGCCCCUUCGGACGGCUGCGGGUCCGGCUUCCGUGCCACGUGGCCGUGAGGGGCCUGGACCCCUUGUCCUAUCCCGACGGUGACCGUGUGCUGGUCGUGGCUUGCGACACGGAGGGGGGGCUCCGGGGCUUGGACGGCCUGCAGGUGACAUACGACGCGGCGUCGCGCGAGACAGCCGUCAAGGCCGACAGCCUGGACCCCCACGCCUCGGUGGAGGUGGACGCGCCCCUGAAGUUUGAUUUGAACAUCAAGUUGUCAGGGUCUAGCUGUGUUAAAGUCCAAAAUAUGGAGUGUGAUGAUUGCAAAAUUGAAAUUGAGCAGGGCACCAGUCUCUUACAGUCUGUUAAGAGCCAAAAAUUGCAUGUUCAAACCAAAGGAGGCAAAGUGAUCUGUAUGGGAACAGUUUAUGGAAAUACAGAUAUUCACACAUCAAAUAAAAGCUCUGUAACCAUAGAUAAACUUCAGGGAAGUUGUGUUAAUAUAUCUACUGAAGAUGGUUUGCUGAAAGCCAAGUAUCUGUACACAGAAUCAUCAUUUCUGUCUUCUGCUGCUGGGGAUAUUGCAUUAGGAAGCAUUCAUGGUGAUAUAAUAUUACAAAGUAAGAUGGGUAACAUCACAGUAGAUUCGUCUGCAGGGUGUCUAAAAGUCUCAACUCAUGAGGGUGCCAUAGAUGUUUAUGUCAACCAGCUGGGGAAAGUGGAGUUGAAAUCUCACAAAGGCUCUGUUACAGUCAAAGUGCCAUCUUCUCUUCAAGCAUACUUACAGUUGUCAGGGAAGGAGGUUGAUGUGAGCCCGGAAGUCCACAUUCAGGAAAUGGCUAGAGUUCAUAAAUGUGCUGGUGUGACAGUUACUGGAUUCAUGAAUCAAACAAGGGAACAGGAAAACUGGAUUCGUGCUGCUGCCCCAGAAGGAGCUGUAAGUUUUAGAAGCCAAACCUGGUUUCAGUCCCUCAAACAGCAGAACUAAGAAGAGUUUAAGUUAUGUUUAUGCUUUUUAACAGUGAUUAGCAGAUGCGUGACAACAAAAAUGCAAAUAGCAUCACUGGUGUGCAUAAAUGUUGAAAACAACAUUGGGCAUGAAUACAGGUGAACUAUUUGAGGGGGGCUUUUUAAAAAUUUGAACUUAGCUAUUGUAUUUAUUUCCUGUUGUUCUGUAACGAAAUACAGUAGUUCUCCCUUACUCUUGGGGGGAUGUGCUCCAAGACUCCAACGGAUGCCUGAAGCCACAGACAGUCCAGAACCCCGUAUAUACCAUGUUCUCCCUAUAAAUACAAGGACAAAUUUAAUGUCUUUCCAUCUCAGUUAACACUGGGGCGCUUUUGCAGAUUGAGAUGUAGUGGGAAAACCAGUACACAUUUCUUCUUCCUUCACAGUUGCACAGAUAAAGGAUUCAUUCUCACCAUAGAUGGUAGCAACCUCAGCAGCUAGUUCUUUCUCUUUCUGUAUUGAGAGAGAACUUUCACCUUGUCACAUCAGAGAAGUGCUUUCUGGGGCCCUUAUUAAGAUGAUGUUAUUUGCGUCCAAACCCUGUGGUGACACUGGGCCAGGAUGUACACCACCUGGACUUGCUGGACCCAGGGAUGCUAUGCGUGCUUUGUGGGGUGGUACAAGGUUACACUUUGAAACUCAGAUUAUUUAUUUCUGUAUGAAAGAUCAGCUGCAGGUAAUUGAUACCAUGGAAGGGAAAACCUUGGCUAAGGGAGGGCACCUGUAUCACAGAUUUAGUGGUGCACCUUGGGCAGGUUAAGAGCCCCCAGGACUGGAUUCUCUGUUCCCAGUAUCACAAGGCUGGAGUCUAGACCUGGCCAGGUGGAGUUCUCAUCUGGAGGCUCUUGGGAGAAAUCUGCUCCCAAAUUCAUUCAGAUUUAUAGGCAAAAUCCAGUUCAUUAGGACUGUGUGAUGGAAAUACCCAUGGCUUGCAAUCACUCUGAGCCUCUAGAGAACACCUGAAUCCCUUCCCAUGUGCUCCCCCUGUCUUCAGUCCAGCAGUGAUAACUGAGUCCUUCUUGUGUUUGAGUAUCUGACUUCUUCAAGAGCUGGCCAAAUCUCUGCUUUUAAAGCACUCACUUGAUUAGGCUGGACCCAUCCCUAUGCUGUAUGUAAGGUGACCUGCACAGCUGCUGCUCCCCCAGGGGAAGCCAGAGAGCUUGGAAUUCUUAUGUUGUAGCCCUCAUGUGACAGACUGUCUACCUACUACCUCUUAUGGCAACAUUGUAAAUGUAAGUUUUGAAUAAAACACUUAAAAAUAUGAAGCAGUUGCUACUGACUGUUAAUAUCUUUUACAUAAUUUAAGAUGUACCUUGUUCGGGGGAAGAAACUUGCAGUUGUUAAAUUCCCAGAUGUAUAAAGAUAGAUUUUCACUUUUAUAAUGGUGUACUGUAAAAGUUAUAUUUUAAACUUUUUCUACUCCUGGAACAUUUUAAUUAUAUAACACUGAACAGACCUAUUUACUGAAUUAUAUAUUUUUGAUUAGGAUGUCAGUUCUUAAACACUAAUUUUUAAUAAACUUUUCCAAAUGGU